AUGAGUCUCCUCUACUGUUCGGCGUUGCAGCAGGUUGCGACCCCUCCGGAGGUGAUGCCCGAGUCUUUUGAGAUCAUCGAGACCGUGGGCAUGGAUGCGAAGAGUCUCAAGUUCCUGGACAAUGUGAACGACAAGGUGGAGGUCGUCUUGCAGUGGAUCCAGCGGCUCAUUGUGGAAAACCACAAAAACGGUGUGGUGCCUGUGGCACCUCCGAUUCUUUCCCGAGUCUUCCAGGAGUACUCGCGAGGAAUCGUCAACCUGAACAAUGCGAGAAAGAUCGCUGAGUUCCCCUUCCCUUUUCCUUUGGUCCAGUGCAUUACCUUCAUGCUCGGAAUACACUGGUUCCUCAUACCCAUCAUCUGCGCGAGCAGCAUUAAGUCGCUGUGGUGGGCCGGCACAUUGACGUUCGUCGUCGUCUUCUCCUUCUGGUGCAUCCACUUCUUCUCCUUCGAACUGGAAAUGCCAUUCGGGAGGAGUACGAACCAUUUGCCACUAGAAGACAUGCAG